ACCACUGCGCCACCCGGGAGGCCCCACAAUGUGAUUUUCUGGAGGGAAAAAAAUCUCAUUUUGUCUGUCAUAGUUGAAGUGUACCUAUGAUGAAAAUUACAGUCCUCUCUCAUCUUUUUAAGUGGGAGAACUUGCACAAUUGGUGGCUGACUAAAUACUUUUUUGCCCCACUGUACUCUAAGGUGGACAUGAACAACCAGGAGGCCUAUGAGCUGGCUGCGAAGGUGAAACUCCGUCCCGACGGGAAGUCUCCCUCUAUUAUGAUAGGCCUGCGUUUAUUACACUUCCAACCACCCCACUUUACCUUGGAGGUGCAGUGUUUGAAUGAAACCCAGCAAUACCUGUGCAGAAUCUUGCAUGAGGUGGGCUUGGAGCUCUGCAGCACGGCAGUAUGUAAAGGAGUGCGCCGCACGCGAUACGGGCCCUUCACCGUACAGCAAGCUUUGACCCGCUGACACUGGACUGCCCCUGGUGUCAUACAGGCCAUCCAACAGUCCAGGAAGGCUAGAAAAUCCAAGAGCACACGGGCAGGGGAGAAGACAGGAAAUUUAGGAAGAAGCAGCAGUCACUGGUGAUUCCCACCGGUUACACUUGGUAUUGACCUCAAAAGCAUUUGGCUAUUGAUGUCCUUGGGAUUAGAUAUCCUUGAAAGAAAGCUACACGAGCUGCAAAAUAGAUUGGUUUUAGUCAAUCAAUGCAGAUGUGGAAAGACUGAGCUAUUUUUCAUGUGCAAUGUCUCUGCUUUUUUUUCUGACAAUGUAAAAUGUGUGACCUCUUUAUGUUUGUGUAUCAAUGUGUUUAUUCAUCUUAUAAAUUAAAUAAUAUUCCAACUGUGAUGAUAUAUGACAUCAAAAUACACUUUACCAACCAAUAAAUACCAGAAUGAUCUACACUACUUCUAAGUCAACACUAGAUGGCAGCACAAGACAAAUUUGAUUAGCCACAUUUCACAAAUCAUGUUUUAGCAAUCUGUGUAAUUUUGCAACCAAACUCCGGAUUAUAAAACAUUUAUGCAAAGGAUUAACACACAAAAACAAUACAUUCAUUAUAGUAAUGCAUUCUCAAAUGGAACCCUUCCUUAGCAAGAGAUUCCGUGCGCAUAUUUUAGUUGCUGCACAUGACCGCCUUCAGUAAGGCCCGUGCUAUCCGGGAUCUCCCUGUGUGCACAAAUUUGUUAACAUCCCUGUUGGUGAGCAUUUCUCAUUUGCCAAGAUAAUCACCUGACAGGUGUGGCAUAUCAAGAAGUUGAUCAAACAGUAUGAUCAUUACACAGGUGCACCUUGUGCUGGGGGAAUAUAUAAGGCCACUUUAAAAUGUGCAGUUUUGUCACACAACACAAUGCCACAGAUGUCUCAAGUUUUGAGGGAGUGUGUAAUUGGCACGCUGAC